AUGGGAUGGACGUAUGGGAUGAAUGAAGUGAUUAUACUGGUUUCUGGGUCACUGUAUCAAUGUUCCCUUCCCUAUCAGCGAGCUAACCUUACUACGCCACCUGGAUUCUUCAUAAAACUUUCGUCACUCCCGUGGUUGGGAAUGAGGGCGUGGGCAGAGACCUUCGUACCGAAGUUCAAGAUCCUCGGGGUUUAUGAAGGACUUAUUCACACUGUAGACCGGGAUGAUGAUUCUAUAUAUUCCCAAAAGGUAGAAAAACAGGGGACCGAUGGUACCUAUAACAUAGAUGCAGAAGACCCAUCCUGUAGUAACUGGUUACGAUUUGUGAACUCUCCCGCCAAAUAUCAGCAAGAAAAUGUCAUCCCUAUAACGUGCGAGGGCAUCAUCUUCUAUAUGACAUCACGUGUCGUAGAACCGAGUGAAGAGCUUCUGGUCUGGUAUGGGGACGGAUAUGGGAGGUUUUUAGGGGUAAACCGUAUACAUCCGGAAGUUGAUCUGAAUGGGUCUUUUGCAUUCCGUGCAAAUGUUUUGACAUUUGACAAUGAAAGACUAAUUUUUGAUAAUUGGACACCUGUGACGUAUCAGAACUUGAAUCCAAACGACGAGGGUGAGACGGCAGUUGAUCCUAUCUUUGGCCUCCUUUUGACUUAUCAUAACGACGGUAGGUGGCGCUGGGUUACUGAAAGGAAUUACACGUACUAUACAGGAGAAGACGGACUAAAACUUCCCUUUAUUUGUGAGGAUUCUCCGUUUUAUUUGGAGCCGGAAGAGUGUUCUAUUACGUAAUGUUUCAUUGUUUUAAAAUGAAAAUAAACUUUUGCCACCAUUA